AUGAGGUUGAUCCUGUUAUUUGGUGCCCUUUUUGGGCAUAUCUACUGUCGACAAACAUUUGUGGGAGACCAAGUUCUUGAGAUCAUCCCAAAGAAUGAAGAACAAAUUAAAACUCUGGUGCAACUUGAAGCUGAAGAACAUCUCCAGCUUGAUUUCUGGAAAUCACCCACCACUCCUGGGGAGUCAGCCCAUGUCCGAGUCCCCUUUGUCAGUGUCCAAGCAGUCAAAGUUUUCUUGGAGUCCCAGGGAAUUGCUUAUUCUAUCAUCAUUGAAGAUGUUCAGGUUCUCUUGGAUCAAGAGAAUGAAGAAAUGCUAUUUAAUCGGAGAAGAGAAAGGAGUGGUAACUUCAAUUUUGGAGCCUACCAUACCUUGGAAGAGAUUUCCCAACAAAUGGAUAACCUCGUGACUGAGCACCCUGGUCUAGUGAGCAAAGUGAAUAUUGGCUCUUCUUCUGAAAAGCGGCCCAUGAACUUGCUCAAGUUCAGCACUGGAGGAGACAAGCCGGCCAUCUGGCUGGAUGCUGGGAUCCAUGCUCGAGAGUGGGUUACUCAAGCCACUGCACUGUGGAUAGCAAAUAAGAUUGCCUCUGAUUAUGGAAAUGAUCCAUCUACCACUUCCAUUCUGGACACCAUGGAUAUCUUCCUGCUGCCCGUCACAAAUCCUGACGGAUAUGUGUUCUCUCACACCCAAAAUCGAAUGUGGCGGAAGACCCGGUCGAAGGUAUCUGGAAGCCUCUGUGUCGGAGUGGAUGCUAACCGGAACUGGGAUGCAGGGUUUGGAGGGCCUGGAGCCAGUAACAGCCCUUGCUCAGAUUCAUACCAUGGACCCAGGGCCAACUCUGAAGUUGAAGUGAAAUCCAUAGUGGACUUCAUCAAGAGUCACGGAGCAGUCAAGGCCUUCAUUACCCUCCACAGCUACUCCCAGCUGCUUAUGUUCCCCUAUGGGUAUACAUGUACCAAGUCAGAUAACUUUGAUGAGCUGAAUGAAGUGGCCCAAAAGGCUUCCCAGUCAGUGACAAGUCUGUAUGGCACCAAGUACGAAGUGGGACCAAUCUGCUCAGUCAUCUACCAAGCCAGUGGUGGGAGCAUUGACUGGUCCUAUGAUUCAGGCAUCAAAUACUCAUUUGCCUUUGAACUGAGAGACACAGGCCGCCAUGGCUUCCUCCUGCCAGCCAAGCAGAUUGUGCCCACAGCUGAAGAGACCUGGCUUGGCUUGAAGACCAUCAUGGAGCAUGUGCGAGACCACCCCUAUUAGGGACCUUUGGAAUACACA